GGCUGUGGCUCCUGGGGGCAGAAGGAAAGAACACAUGACAGUUAAACACACAGGGACAUUUGAUCACGACAGCCCAGAAAUGGCAGAUCCAUCAUAUUUAUAUAAGCUGCAUCCGAGUGCAUGGCGGGGGAGGGUGGAGGAGGGCUGUAGCAGGCUCUAAGACCGGUGGCAGGAUGGCCGGGCCCACCCCGGUUUGCAGUGAACACCAUCAUCCCAACACCAGGAGUGUCUCCAGCAGCUCUCAGUGGAAUAGUACAGGGACUGCCCAGCAUCAGGGAAGAGGCCUGGGUGUCAGGGACCAAGAGGGCAAAGGUAGAUGGUGAGGCCAGCAGGAAGGUGAGAAACGGGUGGGAAGUAGAAAGGAGGAUUGGGUGUCCAGAGGGUUCAGGAGGCAGAAUCUGGGAGCUUCCCAUAGAGUGUGCCUUCCCAGAAGGGUCCAGCCCUUCUGGAUGUUCUCACUCUUAGGUUGGUAAUGAUGAGAAUGAGGUCAGGGUGCCCAGGCUUCCCUGGACUGUGACUCUGUCCAACCAGGAACAGCAGCCCGAGGUCAGCCGUUCGCCUGCAGAGUCUCAGCCAGAUCCCUUUGGCCCAUUAGCAGCAGAAACCUCCUGGAUUCAGUUUAAAUAAAAUUGGAUUUAAUGUGAGACGUCAGGAAACUCUCACAAAGCCUGGAAUUAGGGACAUUAGGGGCGGGAAAGCCAGCAAAGAGUGUGUCCGUCUGCCGGCCCUUUUGUCUUAUUUUCUGGUUCACCUCAGUUCCCAUCUCUGUCUCUCUCUCCGUCUGCCUCAUCCUCCUCUUGUUCUCUCUGCUUAACCCCAUGUCUGGCUAGCCGGCAGCCCCCCAGUUCCCUCCCCCCAGCUCACACAGCCAGCUCUGAUGGGACUUUCAUCCUGCUGCCCCAAGUUCACAUUUCUCAGGGGGAGAACAGGAAUGGCCAGCUUGGGUCAGUGUCUGCCAGUCUCUACACACCGAGCAGCUCGUGGUGAGAUGGGGAGAGUCUCUCAGAGAAGGGGAGCUGCAGGCUGUUACACCUGGCGGGGGCUGCCAGGGAUCCUGGUGAGCGGUUGGUGGCAAGACUGGCAGGCGAACAAGGCUAGCUGAGGAAAGCUGGAUGCCAAAGACGGCCACGGCCAUAACGGGAGCUGAGCUCCAGGGGCCAAAGAGACCAGUGUGGACACCGUGGUUAGGGGACCGAGGGGUGCCCUCCUGCAGAUGGGCUCCAGGCAGGACAGGGGCAGAUGGUUGCUGGAAAAGGUCUGGAGCAGCCUUGGUGCAAAAGUACUAGCCCCGAGGUGCAGUGGGCCAAGGAGGGGGGUGGGGGCGGCCCUGGAGUCUCCGUGACUGUCACCGUGCUCCACCAUGCCUUAAAGAGAGCCCAGCCACACCCUGUGCUCAGACGAAGGGACAGACAGACUGUGGAAGAGGAACGUGGUGUCUUUUAGGGAAAAUGCACCGGCUGUACAACUCCGUGGAGCCAAGAGUGAUGGACGAGGAUAUGCUCAAGCUGGCUGUCAGGGAGCAAGGCCCGAAGGAGGAGGCUGGGCAGCUGGCCAGGCAGGAGGGCAUCCUCUUCAAGGAUGUCCUGUCGCUGCGGCUGGACUUCCAAAACAUCCUCCGCAUAGACAGCCUCUGGCAGUUUGAGAACUUGACGAAGCUACAGCUGGACAACAACAUCAUUGAGAAGAUCGAGGGCCUGGAGCAUCUCGUCCACCUGGUCUGGCUGGACCUGUCCUUCAACAACAUCGAGGCCAUCGAGGGGCUGGACACGCUGGUGAACCUGGAGGACCUGAGCUUGUUCAACAACCGGAUCUCCAAGAUCGACUCUCUGGAUGCCCUGGUCAAGCUGCAGGUGUUGUCACUGGGCAAUAACCAGAUCGGCAACAUGAUGAAUGUUAUCUACCUGCGGCGCUUCAAGGACCUGCGGACGCUCAGGCUUUCUGGAAACCCCAUCGCAGAGUUGGACGAUUACAGGAUGUUCAUCUGUGCCCACCUUCCUGGCCUUGUGUACCUGGACUUCCAGCGCAUCGACGACCACAUGAAAGAGCUGGCGGAGAGCAAGCACCAGUACAGCAUGGACGAGCUGAAGCACCGAGAGAACCUGAUCCAGGCCCAGCUGGACGAGGAGCGGGCCCAGCAGGAGGAGCUGGAGAAGCACAAGGCUGCGUUCGUUGAGCACUUGAACAGCCCCUUCCUGUUUGACAGCAUGUACGCCGAAGACGUGGAGGGCAACAAGCUGGCCUCUCUGCCUGGCGUCAGCGAGCUCCUUCAGGCCUACAAGGACAAAUUCGUCACCAUCUGCCUGAACAUUUUCGAAUAUGGCCUGAAACAGCAGGAGAAGCGGAAAUUGGAGCUUGACACCUUCAAUGAGUGUGUCCAGGAGGCCAUCCAGGAAAACCAGGAGCAGGGCAAACACAGGAUUGCCAAGUUCGAGGAGAAGCACUCGCUGAGUCUAAACGCCAUUCGAGAUGAGUCCGACCUGAUCAACAUCGAGGUGAAGAUACUGGAAUACAGCGAGGACAUCACGGAGCUGUUCAACGUGCUCAUGACCCUGGAGAUGCAGUUGGUAGAGCAGCUGGAGGAGACGAUAAACAUGUUUGAAAGGAACAUCAUCGACUUGGUGGCACUCUUCAUUGAAAAUGUCCAGAGCCUGAUGGCUCAGUGCCGGGACCUGGAGAACCACCACCACGAGAAGCUCCUGGAGAUCUCCAUCAAUACUCUGGAGAAGAUACUGAAGGGCGAGCUGGACGAGGACCUGCCCGAUGACCUGCGCGCUCUUUUUGUCGACAAAGACACCAUUGUUAAUGCCGUCGGGGCGUCCCAUGACAUCCACCUCCUGAAGAUUGACAGUCGAGAAGACGAGCUGGUGAGCAGGACCAACUCCUGGUGUGCACACUUAGUGGACACGAUCCACAAGAAUGAAAUCAUGAGGAACCGAAGACGAGUGAGGGAGAUCAACCAGUACAUCGACCACAUGCAGAACGAACUGGACAGCCUGGAAUGCAGUGAAGUUAUAGAUUAGGGCCUCGCCAGCCCAGUUGUGCGGAACACGGCCGUCGGCCCGCGCAGCGUGCGCGCACCCCACACACGUCCCCGGCUGCACCUGUUACCGGGAGCGUCUCAACCCACAACCCCCCCCCGCCCCCAGCACCAUUCUUCCCCCACCCUGGGAGAACUUCCAAAUGUAAACAAAAAUAAAGGACCAUGUCAUCUUUUCUCCAUUAUUCUUUUCUUAAAGAUGUCUCAUUUAUUUCAGAACAAGAGCAUGAGCGGGGGGA